AUGGCCGGCGCCAUGGCCGACGCCAAUGCCGAAGCUUCAUCGAGGUCGCCAGCCAAGUUUCGAAAGCGGAGAAUACCAACGUCGUGUGGUGCCUGUCGCCAGUCCAAGGUCAAGUGCGAUGGCCGCCGGCCUUGCUCACGGUGUCGCUCGCUGCAAAAGGUGUGCAAGUUUGAAGAAAGGCCCAAGGUUGCUCACCAACUGGAGAUUGACGAGCUAAAGAGGGAGGUCGAGAAUCUGAGACUGCAGUUGGCACAACAGAAAAGGGGCAGUGUGGGCGACGACAACACCGCCGCGGCGUCUGCGGUUUUGCCCACCUCUGUCGCCGUGGAUUCAUCAACGCCCUUCAUCCCUGGCAAUCCAGGCCUCUUCGACGUCUGUGAGCAGGCCUGUGUCGAAUCUCCCGCCUCGUCAAGGGCGACAGGAUCGCAUACGUCUGGCAACAGAUCAAGCAGCUACUCGCAAAGGAGGCCCUUGUCUUAUCGCGCAGAUCGAGCCACGGGCCCGUUCCACAUAAACUUGGUCGGGACGCAAGAUGUGGUGGAUGCGGGCCUCAUUACUCUUGACCAAGCGACUUCCUACUUUGCCACCUUUUUCCGGGGCUGCGACAGAUAUGUACCCGUAUUCGACGCCGAUCACGACGCCCUGGACAGUGUGCGGUCGCGGAGCGGUAUCUUGUUUAGCGUCAUAUGCACCGCGGGCUGUCGGGCUUUCGGCGGAACAGACUGCCAGCCGUGGCGCGUGUUGAAUCUUCACACCAGAAGAAUGGUGAACGCGGCAGUGACGGUGCCGGCGAUGCUGCGUCUGGAAACCAUACAGGCACUUCUCGUCAGAGCCUGCUACUCCUCGGAACGGUCACUCCUCGUGGCCGCCGCAGCUCGAAUGGCUGUCGAUCUGGGACUCCCCGAUGCUUACGAUGAGCUUGUGUCGCGGGUGUUUGCCAUGUCUCGUAGCUCGGAGGACGACGUUUCCGUGACACAGGACGAGGACCCGUUGAUGCGCAAGACGCGGACCUGGCUGCACAUUCUGAACAUGGGGUACAUUCUGCACAUUGACGCCGGCGACAUGUUGACCGUCAAACUCGCCGGCGAUGCUCGGAGAGGUCGGGUCCUGCUUCGCGACCGCCUCGUCCGGAAGCAGGACAUGUGUCUCUGGCCACAGGUCGAGCUGAACGUGCUCCGAGCGCAAAUGCUGGAGCGGCUGUCGCAAAGAAGCCACACCGAGGCGGAAAUCAUGGACAUUGUCUCGGACGCAAUCAUCGACAUCAACAUCUGGUUCGACGACUGGAAAAGGAUCUGCGAUCCCCGCAACCCACAUACCCCUUGGCUGAUGCUCAACAUGCAGGUCCAGCGCUGCUGGGGCGUCACCAUGGCCCUGUGCAGGGCCAUCCGAAUCACCGGCGUGGAAAACGUCGACGUCAUGUCCCCCACCCAGAAGCAGAUGCUCGGAAUGACGCGGGCCGCUCUGGCGGAGCACCUCGACAUCGUCACCAGCGAGCCGCGCCUCUACCUGCGCAAUCUGCGGUUCGCCAUGGACUUUGUCUGGGCAAAGUGCGUCUUCUGCUACCUCUUGCUGCUCAAGCUGUCCAUCCUGCUGCUGCCCCCCGAGCGCGGUCGCCGCGGCGGCGACGACGACAAGAGCCUGCUGCAGCGCGGCAACGUCCUCCUGAGCGAGCUGAGCGAAGCCGACGGCGGGCCUCUCGACGGCCAUCGAAGCAGCACGGCAAGGAUGUACCUGCAGCUGCUCGAGACGGGGAUGCAAAGGUACCAAAGCGCGGUGGAAAAGCGCGGCGACGGCGACGGCGGCGGCGGGCAGGACGUGUUUGCGCCGGAGCAGUUCCUGCUCGAGUGGGAUUUCCCCGGGCUGACGCUGUAUUCCUCGUCCAUCAUGGAAGCCGGCUGGCUGGACGACGUCAUGAUGGAGGCGUUUGGUAGCAUAGAUGACUUGAUGGCCUUUGGGUGGGCGUCUGCGGAACCGCCGAGCCAGUCUUGA